AACUUGCAGUCGUGCCAGAAAGACUCCAAUUGAACUUAAAUUUGCCGUAUCAUUUAUGAUUACGACCCAAGAGACUCACCGCACAGUUCUGAGUCUGAUAAGUUGCUUCGCCGGUGGAGUUUUACUGGCAGCAUGUUUGCUCGAUAUCAUUCCCGAUUACCUGGCGGACAUCAACACUGUGCUGGACUCUAACAUGAUUGAGGUCAACUUCCCACUUCCUGAGUUCAUCAUGGCUGUCGGCUUCUUCACAGUCCUCAUAUUGGAGAGGAUGGUUCUGAACUGUCGGGAGAUGGGAGGGACCGUGGAUGAGAGGGCACCUCUUAUACAGGACAUGAGGAACGGCCACGCCCACGCCCACGUCCAUGGCUCCACCGCGAGUCCGGAUCUGGAGAGCAGCGGCCACCACGUCCAUGUUGACUUUCAGGCCCACUCGCCUUUUCGCUCCUUCAUGCUUAUCCUCUCGUAGGUAAGAAAAAAGGCAGCGCUUCAUCUGAUACUGGAUCAUCUCGAGGUUACAGAAAAUACUUUAUAGCUAGCAAUUUUCUCUCAAAUUCUGUUUUGUUACACUUUUCCAGUCUUGCCCAACACCUUGGUGCAUUGCUUAUACAUUAUACUGUACAUCAUGAGUGCCAGUGCUGUCUUGCAAAGUUGCAGUGUAUAAUCUAUAGCAAAGCUAAGCAAAGUAUGGCAGGUGGGCCAUUUACAGCCUGCUCCAUUCUUUAAUCCGGUCCAUGAAGCAUUUACAUCAAGGGUUCACCAACUGACAGCAGGUUCUUGGGUACUGAUUUAUGUAAAGGGCCACCAGUUUGAUACACACUUUUGAAAUAACACAUUUAGUCAAAUCAACUUGAAUUAUAUGUUGUCGUUAACAAUUAAUGACCUUUGUCUACUCUACAGCAGUAAUUCUCAACUGGUGGGGAAGGACCCAAAAGUGGGUCGCGGAGCCAUUUUGGGUGGGUCGCAGAGAGCUAGUAAAAAGUUACAUUGGUCGUGUUCAUAUUUGGAUUUUUAUUAUUUUUUUUCUGACCAUGUUAAUGAUCUCUUAAAAUAGUUCUAAACAAUGAUUUAAUAAGGUAGGAUGAAAAUCAAUGCGCAACACUUUAUUUUCAAAUGAUCACUUUUACCACAUUCCUAUCACAAUCACAACCAGCCUUGUUUACUAAUAAAUGCGUAGAAAUGUUUGCCCUCUGCGCACAAGUUAAGUGUAUACGAGAAAUCACCAUCAGAUUCAUGUCCCAUGCGUACCGGACAA